AUUAUUUAUUUUCGAGUGCUUACCAUCGCUGUCUUGUUCAUAGGUAGGCCCUUGGUUAUCAUUUUGUAAGCAUACGUACGACGAUGCAUUUGAUGGCGCGGCUCUUUUAUCCUCGGUGAAGUUUGGGUUUCCUAACUGAUCCUGUAUCUUCCAUGUUUUCUACAUUGUAGCAGCUGAAAAGAAAAUGAAUAGCGAGGUGGUUUUGGUUUCUGGAUUUACUCUUUGUUUCAGAUGGUUCGAGCUCUGGAUGAAAACUUGUGCAUCCCAGCUCGACAUAGUUCUCGCUCUCAGCAAGCAGGGAAACGUCCAGCAGGCACGAAUCGUGUUUGACAGUAUCACCGUUAAGGACUCUUUCUCGUGGAACAUCAUGCUAUCAACGUAUGCCCGGGGCGGGUGUGUGGAGGAAGCCAGGCUUUUCUUCGAGGACAUGCCGAGCAGGGACAUGGUUUCUUGGAACGCGUUGCUCUCGGCUUAUGCCCGGAGCGGGCAUGUUGAGGAGGCCAAGCGGGUCUUUUCCUCGAUGCCCAGCUCCAAUCUAGUCUCGUGGACGUCGUUACUGGCGGCUUAUACGCAGAACGGGCAUAUCAAGCUUGCAAAGUCGGUCUUUGAGGAGAUGCCGCAGAGGGAUAUGAUGGCCUGGACUAUAAUGCUUACGGCCUUGACGCAGAGAUAUCUGGUGAUGGAGGCCGAGAACGUUUUCUUCAACAUGCCCGAGUAUAAUCUGGUAUCCUGGACUGCAAUGCUAACUUGUUAUUCCCAGAGCGGGCAUAUUGAAGAAGCAAGUUUGGUUUUUCACGCCAUGGAGCAGCGUGACAUCGUUGCUUGGACUGCGAUGGUGGCUGCCUAUGCGCAAUCGGGGUAUGUCAAAGAAGCUAUUCGGAUCUUUAGCAAGAUGCCGGAGCUUGACUGUGUCACUUGCAGCACCAUGAUUUGCGUCUACACCCAAGACGCGGACUUUCGCAAGGCCGAGGAGGUUUACAACGCGAUGCCGGAGUGGAGCGUCGUGACCAUGAACGCGAUGCUAAGUUGCUACGCUCAGAGUUCUCAGGUGGAGCGGGCCAAGAGGGUGUUCGACGAGAUCCCGGAGAAGAGCUUGGUGUCCUGGAACGCGAUGCUUUCGGGGUAUGCACAAAACGGGGAGAUGGAGAAGGCAAAGAACGUUUUUGAUCGCAUGGAGGAGAGGGACCUGGUGUCGUGGGACGCGAUGGUUUCCGGGUAUGCUCAAAACGGGCAUGUCGAGGAGGCUAGAAGGAUCUUCGACGCGAUGCCCGAGAGGAACCUCGUCGCCUGGAACGCACUCUUGUGUGGACUGGCACUGAACGGAAGUGUGGAGGAGGCCGAAGAGCUGCUGCUGAGUAACGCCAUGGACGAUCGCAACAUCGUCUCGUGGACUGCGGUGGCUGUUGGCUAUGCCCAAGUUGGUCAUCUCCAGAAAACCAGGAGAGUCUUCGACGCUAUGCCCGAGCGCGACGCGGUGGCCUGGAUCGCCAUGCUCGAGACGUAUGCUUACAAUGGCCGGACGGAGUCGACGCUGGAGCUCUUCCACACCAUGGCUCUCACGCAAACUCCAGGAGAAGCAGGCUUCGUUUGGAUUCUCCUGGCUUGCAGCCACGCAGGAAAGCUUCGAUCGGGGCUCGGCUACUUCGCUUCGAUGACGAGAGAUUGGAAGUUGGUUCCUCUCAAGCAGCACUUCUGCUGCGUGGUGGAUCUUCUCGGCCGGGCCGGGUACUUGGGCGAGGCCGAGGUGCUCGUGUCGGCCAUGCCGAGCGAUGCCCGAGAGCUGGGGUGGUCGUGCUUGCUGGGAGCUUGCCGGGGACACACCGAGAUGGACAUGAGCCGGGGAGCUCGAGUGACUAAACAGGUGCUGGGGCUGGACAGGAGGAAAGCCACUCCGUAUGUGCUGCUGGCCGAUAUGUUUCGAUCGACGAGCAAACUCUUCCAAUUCUCUGCUCCAAAUCCACCAUUGCUACUCGCUCGCAGUGACAAAGAAGAUCGAAGUUCUUCCAAGAACUAAAGUAGAAACUUUGGGCAAGGAGAAAAGCAAAUAAAGUAGAAGCUUUAAACGAA